GUUUCUGUGUUUGAGCGGCGCUGUUUGAGCGCUGCACUGAUGCUGAGCAUGGCUGCGACCUUGCCGUUGCUGCCGGUCUGAUGAUAAACUACAGCUGUAGUUUAGUAUUAAACCCGAGCUCUGAGGAUUACAGCUGUAGUUUAGUCCUGCUGUAAUUAAUCCGGGGAAUCAGACAUGCUGGCGGCUAGGAGCGUGUGGGCGGGGCUAACCUGCAGAUCAGUGGACUGUUCAGCUCUCCUCCUGCAGCAGCACCUGAAGAUACUCUCAGCUGGACUGAAGACCUACGAGCUGCCACAGGACUACAGUGGUGUGGUUAUACCAGAGAAACCGAAGCUCAAAUUCUUGAAUAAAGUGCCGAAUUUUAAAAAGGCGAAGAAGGAGAUGAAGAGGCUGCGUGACAUACAGGGACCGGCGAAAGGAGCCACCAGCUUUACAUACGGACAGUAUGCCAUCGUGGCUAUGGGUGGAGGUUAUCUAGAGUGGGGUCAUUUGGAGAUGAUGAGGCUCACCAUUAACCGACAAUUGGACCCGAGUACCACGUUUGCCACCUGGCGCGUCAGUGCCCCAUAUAAACCCAUCACCCGCAAGGGCCUGGGGCAGAGGAUGGGCGGAGGCAAAGGAGCCAUCGACUUCUACGUGACUCCUGUGAAGUGCGGCAGGUUAAUAGUGGAAGUCGGAGGCCGUAUUGAACUGGGAGAAGUGGAGGGGGUGCUUAAUCAAGUGGCGAGGAAACUGCCCUUCCCAGCAAAGGUGAUGAGCAAAGAGAGUCUGGCUGCCAUGCACCAAGAGCAAGCUGAGAAAGAGGCCAACAACCAGAACCCCUGGACCUUCCAGAGAAUAGCCCGGUCCAACAUGCUGGGCCUCCGCCGGGUCAUCAGCCCCUUCGACCUGCACAAUCAUGGCCGAUUCACCGGAAAGUUCUUUAACCCUUCCAGGGUUUGACCUCGUGCACAAAACAUACAAAACCAAGGUGUUGAAAUGUGAUCAUUAUCGAUAUAUUUACCAAAAACUGUGAGAAUGUUCGCAGGAGCUCAGUUUCUCAUGUUGCCGCACAGGAAGCCACAGCCUGAGUGCUAAAUGUGGGUUUAGAGUGUGUGAGAUUGUAAUCAGACACUGUUUGAAGGUAAUAUAUGUUGUUUUUUGUAAUAUGAUGUGAUUAAUUCACUGAUGGAUCUAUCUCAACGGACUGAAAUACAGGAAAGAAAUUAGUAAAUUACUAAAUACCAUCAUGUAUUCGGUCUGGAACAGAAAUAAAAAUUUCUUAAAACUA